GUUUGCGUCACAAGUGAGAGUAAAAGUUCAGUUGAUGCUUGGCAAAUAAAACAAACAGAAUCGAUUUUAUUCGGAAUAUAAAAACUUUUAUUGGAACAGUUAUAAAAGCAAUACACGUGCAGCUUUUUUGAACUAGUAUUUAAUUAAAUGUCAAUCAAGGUGUCUUCUUAUUCAAGACACUUGACAGGUGACUUCCGCAUUCAUAUUUACAGUACACCAGAAGAGAUCAGAACCAGAAUUAAUUCAGCACUAUGUGCAGUGACAGAUCUAUUGAUUAUCCACAGGAUUUCAGUUCAGUUCAGCGGAAGAGAUCAGAACCAGAUUUCAGUCAUGUGUCUGUGAGGAGUGACUGGUCUAUGGAUAAUCCACAAAAUUUCAGUUCAUUACCACGAAAGAGACCAGAACAGCCAGAGACCAGCCAUGUGUGGAGAGACGUAUCUACAGGUCAUCAACAAGAUUUCAGUUCAGUUCAGCGGAAGAGAUCAGAACCAGAUUUCAGUCAUGUGUCUGUGAGGAGUGACUGGUCUAUCGAUAAUCCACAAAAUUUCAGUUCAUUACCCCGAAAGAGACCAGAACAGCCAGAGACCAGCCAUGUGUGGAGAGACAUAUCUACAGGUCAUCAACAAGAUUUCAGUUCAGUUCAGCGGAAGAGAUCAGAACCAGAUUUCAGUCAUGUGUCUGUGAGGAGUGACUGGUCUAUCGAUAAUCCACAAAAUUUCAGUUCAUUACCACGAAAGAGACCAGAACAAGCUAUGUUCAGCCAUGUGUCUAUGCGGAGAGACAUAUCUACAGGUCAUAAACAAUAUUUCAGUUCAUUACCACGAAACUGGGGUGGGCGAUAUCACCAACAGCUUAUGUCACGCCAUGAAGUCCUCAACACAUUUAGAUCAAAACUGAAGAAGAAGUUUGAGUGUCUUUAUGAGGGAGCCGCAAAGCAAGGAAACCCAGCACUCCUGAAUGAGAUCUACACAGAGCUCUACAUCACAGAGAGUGAGAGUGGAGAGAUCAGUAAUGAGCAUGAGGUUAGACAGAUUGAGACACAAUCCAGGAGAGCAGCAACAGAGGACACACCGAUCAAAUGUAGAGACAUCUUUAGACCUUUACCUAGACAAGACAAACCCAUCAGAACUGUGCUGACAAAGGGAGUCGCUGGCAUUGGAAAAACAGUCUCUGUGCAGAAGUUCAUCCUGGACUGGGCUGAAGGAAAAGCGAAUCAGGACGUCCAGCUCAUAUUUCCACUUCCUUUCAGAGAGCUCAAUCUGAUGAAGGACAAAACUCUCAGUCUUUCAGAUCUUCUUCAAUUUUUUUUCCCUGAAACAAAAGACAUGAAAAUAUCCAGUGGCAAAUAUAAAGUUUUGUUCAUCUUUGAUGGUCUGGACGAGUGUCGUCUGUCUCUGGAUUUUCAGAGUAAUGUGAGGUUGUAUGAUGUAAGUGAAUCAGCAUCAGUGCACGUGCUGCUGAAGAACCUCAUUGUGGGGAAUCUGCUUCCCUCUGCUCUCAUCUGGAUCACGUCCAGACCAGCAGCAGCUGAUCUCGUCCCCUCUGAGUGUGUCCAUCGAGUGACAGAGGUACGAGGCUUCAAUGAUCCACAGAAGGAGGAAUACUUCAGGAAGAAAAUCAGUGAUCAGAGUCUGGCCGAGAGGAUCAUCUCACACCUGAAGUCAUCAAGGAGCCUCUUCAUCAUGUGCCACAUCCCAGUGUUCUGCUGGAUCUCAGCCGCUGUUCUGGAGAAGAUGUUGAGUCGAGCAGAGAGUGGAGAGAUUCCCAAGACUCUUACUCAAAUGUACACACACUUCCUGAUGGCACAGGUUAAUAUUAAAGAUACAAAGUACAAUGAGAAGAAGAGCAAAGACAAAGAGAUGAUUUUCAAACUAGGGAAACUGGCAUAUGAGCAGCUGGAUAGAGGCAACCUGAUCUUCUAUGAGGAAGACCUGAGAGAUUGUGGCAUUGAUGUGACAGAAGCAUCAGUGUACUCAGGAUUGUGCACUCAAAUCUUCAGAGAGGAGUUUGGCUUGUAUCGGGGGAAAGUCUUCUGUUUCGUUCAUCUGAGCGUUCAGGAACAUCUAGCAGCUCUAUAUGUGCACCUCUCCUGUAUAAACCACAACAGAAAUGUGUUUCACCAAAUCCCCAGACAGUAUUUGUGUUGGGGAUUAAAUGACUGGUUUCAACUCAGUUCAUCAGAACGUUUUUCUUUAUCUGCUCUGCAUCAGAGAGCUGUGAAUGAGGCUCUACAGAGUAAAAAUGGACAUCUGGACCUUUUCCUGCAGUUUCUUCUGGGUCUGUCAGUAGAGUCUCAUCAGGUUCUUCUACAAGUAUUAAUGAAACAGACGAGAAGCAGCUCUGACAGAAAUCAGAAAACCGUUAAGUACAUCAAGAAGAAGAUCAGGACCAUUGACUGUCCGGAGAAAUCCAUCAAUCUGUUCCACUGUCUGAAUGAACUGGGUGAUCAUUCACUAGUGGAGGAAAUACAACAGUACCUGAGAUCUGGAACAAUAAAUAAAUCCAAACUGUCUUCAUCUCAGUGGUCAGCUGUAGUUUUUGUGUUGUUGACAUCAGAGGGUAAACUGGAUGAGUUUAAUCUUAAUAAGUUUGUUGGAGGAAAAAAUAAAGCCGAAAAUAUGAAGGUUCUUCAGAAACUGCUGCCUGUGAUUAAAGAAUCCAGAUCAGUUCAGUUGAGAGAUUGUGGUCUCACAGAUGAAGGUUGUGCUGCUCUGUCUUCAGCUCUGAGAUCAAACCCCUCACAUCUGAGAGAGCUGGAUCUGUCAGGGAAUGAACUACAAGAUUUGGACCUGAAGCUUCUCUGUGCUGCACUUCAAGAUUCUCGUUGUAAACUGGAGAAACUGUGGUUGAGUGAUUGUGGAAUCACAGAUGAAGGUUGUGCUGCUUUGGCUUUAGCUCUGAGAUCAAACCCUGGACACUUGAGAGAACUGGAUCUGUCUUGGAAUAGACUAAUUAAAUCAGAUGUGAAGUUACUCUCUGAUCUGGAGGAUGAUCCACAUUAUAAACUGGAGAGAUUAUACUUUUGACUCUCAGUAUUUAGACUUCAGUCCAGUUUCUUUAGGAUCCACUGCUACAGAGACACAAUCACACAAUCAACACACACUGAAGACACAGAGACAAAUGGCAAUCUUUUUUUUUAAAUCUCUGUUCUCUUCAAUUAUGGAUUUCC